UUGGCAACACCUCAAUAAUUUGUCAUUUCAAAUAACUUAGACCUGCUGAGUGAAAGUCUAUCAAGGAUGGAAUGUGAUAAUUAUUUCUCUGUCCCCUAACAUUUGAAUCGAAAAGAUUAUUAACAAAAACAUCGUGCAUGUAAAAAUAUAGGUAAUUCAAAAAAGAUAACCUUAAAAACGUGUCAUAACAACGACCUACAGUGCACGUACACAAUUGAGUAUUUAGUACAACGUCGAUAAUUGGAACAAUCACGUCAGUUGUCGAGCUAACACCAAAUUUCAACGUUCAAUUAUGACAUGCUAGUGCUAGCUGGGAUAUCAAUGCGCAUUUUUUUAUACUUGAGCCACUACGAAGGCAUAUGGCCUAAAUACUCAUGGGUACCGUGGGGCUAUAGGGAGAUACAAGGGAAAGGGGGGACACGACACGAAAUCUAGCUGGUACCUCCGCGUUCGACAGUCAGAGGCCGUCUACCACCUACGAAAUCAGGUACUAUGAUAAUAAUUAUUCCAUCUACAAAUUAAUUGUUUUUCCUCUCCGCUAAGCUGAAACAGUUUUUACAUAGUGGAAUGUUGCAAGCAAUACAAACUAUUUUCGUUCUUGUCUCUUUGUUAUUUCUGGAACAUUGCUGACAUCUUCUUCGGGAAGGACCUUCAGAUGGAGUGCAGCGAAACGGGCAGAAAAUACAGCUACGAGGAGGUGCGCUGUAAGGCGCGCAACCUCAGCAAAUACCUGAUUAAAAAACUGAAACUGCAGAAAGGCGACGUGGUAGCGAUCCUCUCCCCCAACAUCCCCGAGUAUAUGAUAACGUGUCUCGGGAUAUUAGAAGCCGGAUUGGUUAUUACCUCCAUGAAUCCGAUUUACACCGCCGAUGAAGUAUACAAACAACUGGUAGAUUCGUCGGCCAAGGUGCUCAUUACUUUGAAUGAUGGUGCUAUUUCCAAAACAGCAAAAACAGCUGUUGAAAUGACAAAAAAACAGCUGCCUAUUAUAGUGAUAAAAGAUAAGAUGUCGUUGACACCUCUCAGAUGGUCGUGUGAUUUUAAGAUUAAAGAAGAUAUGUCGAAGUUUAUUCCACUAAAAGAACAGACUACUGGGCAGGACUUGUUUUGUUCCUUUAAAAAUAUUAUUUCUUCUGAGAAAAUUCCAAUAUCGAAAAUAGGCUUGACAACCGAUGGCGCUCCAGCUAUGGUGAUACGGGUCUCGUGUGGUUAUGUCGUAACAAUGAAAGUUUUCCACAAUUUCUCUGUUACCACUGCAUUAUCCAUCAGCAAGCAUUUUGUGGACAUUUUCUAAAACUAGACAAUGUUAUGGAAUUCAAAACCUUGGCCGAUGAAAUUGACUUCCAAUGGUUAAGUAGGGGACGACUGCUGAAACGUUUUAAUGAUAUCAUAACAGCCUUAGUUCAAUUUUUCAAACAACGUGAUGAACCAAUUCCGGAGCUAGAAAAUUCAAUCUGACUUAGAGAUUUUGGUUUUCUUGUGGAUAUUACAGAAAAAUUAAAUGAACUUAACAUGCAUCUUCAGGGGAGAGACAAAAAAACAGCAGAAAUGAUUUCUGAUAUAAAAGCGGUUAUCAAAAAGGUUGAGUUUUCCGAAUAAAACUUAAUCGUUGGCGGUACCAGGCAUUUUCCUGUUCUUUCAGAAAAGUUAUCUCAAUCUCCAUUAGAACCAUAUGACAGUAAAUCUCAUGUAGAAAAAAUAGUCUCUAGCUUGAAGGAUUCCAACGAAAUUGCUAUAGUUGAGCAAUUUAAUGUUUCACCCUUCAUGGAAAUUGAUAUCCAACAGUAUGCAACUUCUGUUACGCAGAAUUUUAGCGAAGACAUCGCUGCGACAGAAAUGGAAGUGAUUGCGUUUUGCGUUUCGACUUACAGAUCAACAUUUAGAUAUUUGUGUGGUGGUAUCAAAUUAUACUCCACACAUUAUAAAAAUUGUCAGUGAGUCUGUGUGUCAGUCUUCUCAUUGAACACACAUUUUUUAUCUGGACAUGUUUUUGUUUAAAAUUGUGCG